GCCAAACCUUGCAGUGCACAGGUUAGAUCAACUGAAUUUGCACGUCUUUUGGUCAGACAUAAGACAAAAGGAAUUGCUCUUUUAAUCUGACAACGUGUAAUUUUAUACUUACAGUACAUCAUGAUUUGCAUAGCACACUAAGUUCAGGCAGGGUUCAGAAGUGUUUCAUAACAGGAGCCAUUGAGAAGACAGUAUGUCCGGAUCUCAGCGUAGUGGGGUACGUACUCCCUUUCAGGACCUGACAAACAACGACAGUUCAGGUCAAAAAACAGAUCCAAAAGAACUAAAGAGACAGAGGGAAAGGGAGAGGUAUGCACUAAACAGGGAUGCAAUAUUGAAAAAAAGAAAGGAGGCAAGGGAUCGUAAGAAAGCUAUGCCCGCUAUUUUAAAUGGAACCAACACUCCAUCUAAGCCACCCGUGGCCAUGUCGCCUGGUUUUGACACUGUGGGGAUGCCCAGUGCGCAGUCUGCUAUCACCCAGCAACGACACACACCAGUUGUGGAAGGUCAUGUGUUCUCCUACAUCCAGACAUACUACCGGCUUUUGUGUGUCAGCAACUGACUUUGGUAAUACAAUUUUGAUGCA